AAAACAUUUCUGCGCAUGCGUAAAAGAGUGUUAACUUUUAGGCGGGCUGAUUCGAAAACGUAAACAAGAUGUCUCUGAUAUCCGCGUUGCAGUUUCUGAGGUUAAAUGAAAUCCCCGAAGCCUGGGUGGACGCAGUGUGGGACUUGGAGUUCACAAAGAGAAUACCACUGGAUGACACCAUAGCGGGCCACCUCUCAGUCAGUGGAGACAAGGACUUCAGAACUUUGUACCAGUGCCUGCUGGACCAUGCUGCGGAGCAACAAGAUGGAACUUUACAGAGCAUUUGGUCAAUUCUGGGAGAGAACCACGUGUCCAUAAAGUCCCUGGUGGCCGUGCUGUCCUUCUUUGUUCUGGCUGGAAAAGCUAAAAAGGCCAGCGUCCAGCAGAGGGUGAGCGGCCUGCACGCAGCCUCCCUCUACCUACUGCUCCUGGGAGUCCAAGGGAGCAUCGCCGCCAAGGUCUUCCAUGAGGUUCUGUUGGACACGUGUUCCGAUCUGACCUCUCACUGCUGGCCUCAGGACUCCAGAAAGAAACGCAAGAAGGACGGCCCAAAAAGCUCUCAGGCUGACGGCAAACGCUCCAGACCGCAGUGGAAAGACACUCCAGAGAUGGAAGUGAACGAGGCAGAUGACGAAGAAGAAGAAGAAGAAGAAGACGAGGAGGAGCUUCAUUUCUCUGCCCAGGACUUGGUAAAGAUCAGGGAUGCCGUGGUUCUUCUGGUUCAAAGUCUCCUCAGACUCCUGCAGACGUUUUCGCUCAAAGACAGACCACAGAGUGCUGACAACUGCACGCAGAUCUUUAGCAAGCUGCUUCACUUUGAGCCAGUCACUGGGGAGAUGACCUUCGCAAAUCCACACGACGUCACCCAGUUGAGGAGUGUGCCUGAAAUGGCGUUCUGUGGCCUGCAGGUGCUCUGCUCGUCUAAACACGGAGACCAGAAAGAAUCGUUGCGGAGGGUCUUCCACCAGCUUCUCUACAUCAUCCUGAUGAUGAAUAAAGGAGACAGAGGGAAACCCUCGCUCCUCAUACCCAGCCAGGCCGUCCUCUCCACCCGGGACCAGACCAUCCAUUUUGUUUGUCAUCUUGUGAAUGAGCUGAAGGAGAUAGCGCUGCCUGUCCUGCAAAUCCUCCUGCAGCAUAUCUGUUUCCAGAUGGUGGAGAAGAGUGACUUUCGUAGCCAUGGAGCCCAGGCUGUGGGUAUGUUGACGUCCCAGAUGACAAGUAAAGACUAUGCCUGCUUCAUCAAGUGGCUCUUUAAAUUCUCCAAUAGCUCAAAGAUGGUGUGCCGGCUGUUUUCCGUGGACGUGGUAAUGGUUCUGUUGGAGCAGCCCGAGAGGGGGCCGCAGGAGUGUCAGGACCCGGAGCUCUCCUGCUUCCUGCCCCACAAGUUCCUGAUCCAGAACCUUCUGUUCGCCCGGCGGGUCGAUGAAUCGCCCUCGGUCCAAGGCCACGCCCUGGCCUGUCUGGCCCAGUGUCUGGAGCUGCCUUCAUUCAACGUCACCCGGGCGGUCCACAACCUCUUCUCUGCCACCGGAACCCAGACAGUGUUGGAAGGCGAAAUCACAGAAGGAAGCCUUAGUUCCCAUCAGACUCAGAAAAGCUACCAAACUCUGCUGUUCAAGACUGUGGAGAUCACCAGCGCAGAUAGCUUCCAGUGUGAAGCAAAAGAGAACCUGGCUCACCUCCUGCGUCGGAUAAAAGACUCAAAGACGCACGUCAGAAAGUCAGCGCUGCAGGCCCUGGUGGGGCUCAUGAAACACAGUGUGAUACCGCUGAGCUUGGAGAACCUGGCUACGCUCUCGGAGCGCUGCAGGGACCCGGCCGUGUCUGUGAAGAAGAAGGCCAUGCAGUGCGUCGCAGAGCUGCUCGCUGCUAAGCCAGACAGCAGCAUGGUGCAGAAGGCAUGGCUGCAGAGUGUAGUGUCCGCUUUGGUGGACCCUGAGAACUCUGUGCGGGACAAGGCCCUGGAGGCUCUGGACCAGGUGCUGCUCAGCCAUCUCAAACCGUACUCUGCCAGCCUCCACCUGGAUGCUGGCCAGAGGCUGACCUGGGACCUGUUAGGCCUGCUCUGCAGCGAGUGCCGGAACCUCAGCUGGUAUUUCAGCAGGGCCUUCACCAUCUGGUCCAAACAGAACAAGUUUACAGAGGCGCUCAUCGGCAACCUGAUCUCGCACACAGAGGCAGAUCACGCCGCCGGGGCCUGGCUGCUGCUCUCUAAGGUAACCGCCUCGUCCAUCCGAGUGCCCCACGGGAAGAUCCUGGACGCCUGGGACACGAUGAUCAGAUCAAAGAACGUAACCGCGACAACCUGCUGUCAUAUCCUGUGUGUGAUGGGAGACAUUGCUGAGCAUUUGAACAAAGACACUAAGGACAGGAUAGUUGCUGAUCUGAUGUCUUGGUUGAAGACUUUUACUUUGUCUCUGGACGUGAUCUGUGCUGCCGUGGAGACUCUUUAUCAACUCGGCCGAAGCAAAGAAAUCAAACAGACUCAGGCUUUUCUGAGCCUGCACUGUGGUGAGCUGAUGUCCGUAUGUGAGGCUUAUUUAGCCGGCGUCCUCCUGAGAGAAAGAGGAGCCCAAAACCUCAACGAGGAGCUAAUGGUGAAACACCUCCACACUCUGGGUGUGGCGUCACUCCACUGUCCUGCCAAGGUCAGCAAACGGACGGUGCUGCUGGUGGAGUCCGUCCUGAUGAUACAUUCUGACAAACUGGCAGAAGGCCAGGAGGAGCUGCCGGCAUCACUCUCCCAGUUCAAAGCAAACUCUCUGCCUUCCAGAGUCAGAGCCCACGGAGUCCUCACUUUAGGAAAACUGUGUCUCCAGCACGAGGAACUCGUCAAGAAGUACCUGCCGGUGUUCGCCAGGGAGCUGGAGGUUGGCACGGAAGUUGCCGUGCGUAACAACUUGGUUGUGAUCAUGUGUGACCUGAGCAUUCGAUACACCAACAGGGUGGACAACUACAUCCCCAACAUCUCCGCUUGUCUGCAAGACAGUGAAGCGGUCAUCAGAGUGCAUACUCUCAUCAUGCUGACCAACUUGCUACAGGAGGAAUUUGUGAAAUGGAAGGGCUCCCUCUUCUUUCACUUCAUGGUGGCGCUGGUUGACCCGGUCCCUUCCGUUGUCAGUCUGUGUGAAUACUGCCUGGUCCAGGUGCUGCUGAAGGACAACCCAGAAAUGUUUAGCCAGCACUUUAUUGAGUGCAUCUUCCACUUCAGCGACUACAACAAACACAAGUCCUACAACAGGUUCCCUCAAAGUGAGAGAGAAAAGGCUCGGUUCUCCUUGAAAGGCCCUCAGCACCGCGAGAAACGGUUUCGGAUCUACCGAUUCCUAUUGGAGCACUUCACAGACACCCAGCGCUUCAACAUCACUGUCAAAAUCAACCAGACCAUCCUAGCGUGCUUUGCGGACGAGGAGCUGCAGUUGGAUGCAGAUGGUGCUGAAGUUUUGUCAGAGACUUUCAACAUCUUGAGUCUGAAGGAGAUAAAGCUGCAGGCCAUGUCUGCUCCGAUAGAAAGCACAGAGGGGGAGGAACCAGAGGAUGAGAACAUGGCCACCAUCGUGAAGGCUGUCCUGCAGGUGGCACAGAAGAAGGUGGUGUCACAGGUCCAGAAGAAGGCCUUCAUUGAGAACACGGUUCCUCUCAUCAUCAGCCUGAAGAGUUUGCUGGAGCAGAAGCGCUCUCCCGUCCUCAGAGACCUCAUGGCCUACCUUCAUGUGACGAUGCAGGACUAUCGUAACGAGGUGAAGGACCUUUUCUCUGGAGACGAGCAGCUGGCGGCUGAGCUGGAGUUUGAUCUGAAAACGGCUGAGAAGGAGAGCGAGAUUUCAAAGCAGGUGGACAACUGCAGUUUGACGAGAGAGGCCCGGAUUCCCCCUGCACAGGGUUCUCCGGUCAGGUCCGCUGCCCUCCUCCCGUUCAUCUUCGCCACACCUCAGCCUCCACGCCCGAACACCCUUGCUGCCCGACUCGCGCACACAGACAGGCGUGGUUCUAGGUCCGAGCAACAUGUGCAGUCGAUUGCUCUGGAAGGAACAGUGAUGCAUAAAGGAGCCGUGGAUGCCAGAGCCAUCAGCACACCAAAAGGAGUCAACAUGAAUUUGACCUUUGGCGAAGGAGUCAGCGGGAUCUUCAGUGACCAAGGAACAAGUUUGGUCAGCGAGACCAGGGUUCUUCACCUGCGAUCAAAAGAGGAGCAAACACCUGGACUGAGGCAGUGGAACGUGCAGUCUCCUCUCCGCCAGAGGAAAAAGUCCUCUAAAGAUUAACACCUUUGUUCUUCUCUACAACUAUUCUUACGUGGUUUAUAUUCUCUCAUCUCCAUGGUUGAUACCCUUCUUCUCCUAUUUUUUGUUAAUAAAGUUACCUAAUAUUGUU